AUGAGCGAACAACGAAAAGCAGUCAUCAAAAAUGCUGACAUGGACGAAAAGAUGCAACAAGACGCUGUAGACAUCGCUUCGAAAGCACUAUCGGAAUACAACAUUGAAAAGGAUGUCGCCGCUUACAUUAAAAAGGAAUUCGAUCGAAAGUACAAUCCGACAUGGCAUGUAAUCGUGGGACGAAAUUUCGGUAGCUAUGUAACGCACGAGACAAAACAUUUCAUAUACUUUUAUCUCGGGCAAGUUGCCAUUCUAUUGUUCAAGAGUGGAUGA